CACAUCAACCAGUUACUAGGUCAGUAACUAUCCCUGAUUGAUGUCUUUGGUUCCUAAAUUUCACUAGUUUUACAAUGACAUUGAUCUACUUGGUUCUUGCUGUUUCUUUAGGAAGUUUGCUACACAAAUGGCUGGUAAACAGAAGCCACGAAUACCUAAGAGCUAUCAUGACAGUAUGCGAAGAUGAAACAUUGUAUCAUGACAGUAUGCAUGUUUUUGCUGGUCCAGAGCUUAGAGUUACGUUGAAUGAAAAUACCCAAUAUGCAGCUGUUCAAAGUACUUCGAAUGGUGCUCUUUUCUGUGCAAAAACUGUAUGUGAUACAAUUGGAGAACUUCCUGAAGAGAUGGAGCGUCCAGCCAAGAAGAGAUGCUAGCAACACUUAGGAUUUUUCUUUUUCAUUUUGCUUGUAAUAUAACUUAGGGUAGACGAUGAUGAUGAUGUUCAGCUCAUGCGUCUUUUGUAAAACAUUAUGUAUUCAUGUCGGCUAGAUUUAAAACUUCAAUUUCAAUUACAA